CGCUCGCCCGCACCCACCGCCCGCGCACACACGCGCGCCCACAAACACACUCACCCACACGCCCUCUCUGCACCCAUUUCCGAAGCAACAUACAGUUUCGACAACUCGUUACUCCUGCCGCUUUCUCCUCCUUUCUCGAUUCCAUGCACCGUCUCGAAAUGUCGUUGCCCCCUCGCAACUAGAAACCCCUCCAGCUUGUCACUCUCUCCCGCGACGGCCAAUUUCGUCCUCUCGUCUCCAUCGAACGCAAUCCACCUUAGUUCGUCUGCCCAUCCUGCGUCCGACUUCCGUAUCGCCGCUGGGCGACUUUGAGCAAGCCUCAUCCGUGCUCCGAUUGGUCUGCGUCGUCGUCCAUUUUCUCGCCUCUCGAGCAAACCCGCCGAAACACCUACCACUGCCCUGCGCCCAGUCUGUCUCCUUCUUCACGUCCCGGAGACCCUGUCCCCGUCGCCGCCCGUUGCCAUGAUGGCCUGGCAACCGCAGCCUGCACAGCUUAUCCAGCUCAUCCAGUGUCUCAAGGACUCGCUCAGUCCCUUGCAGACGGCCCGGCAGACCGCAGAGCUCCUGCUCAAGCGCGCUAGCGAAUCGGAAGACUACGCAAACUACCUGACCUACCUAGUCAUCACCUCCCAAUGUCCCACUUCGGCCAAUCUGUCGACUGAGGGCUACCACAUGGCACGGAGCGCCGGCGCUAUAGCCCUCAGAAACCUUAUCCGUACCUCGUACAAGGCCCUUCCCGACAACAGCAAGACGUACAUGCGCUCUGUCAUAUUGCAGGGUCUACAAGAUGUCAACGCUCAGAUAAGGAACUACACCGGGAACGUCGUCACCGAGCUGCUUCGCCAGGGUGGCGUCAUGUCUUGGCCUUCGCUGCUGGCAAAUCUGGUCGGUCUCGUCGAGAACAAGACGGGAGACAUUCCACAGCGUACACAGGAAGGCGCUAUGAGUGCCCUCAACAAGGUGUGCGAGGACAACAAGCGGGCGCUGGAUCGCGACUACAACGGUGAACGGCCGCUGUCCUUCCUGUUCCCUAAGCUUAUCGACUUCACCCGCCACGAAAGCCCUACCGUACGUGCGACGGCCCUGUCAGCUAUCAAUCUUUUUCUCCCGGAGAAGUCGCAGGUCGUGCCUCUGCACUAUGACGCUUUUUUGCAGCGUUUGUUUGAACUUGCGAACGACAGCAGCAGCGAAGUGCGAAAGUACGUUUGCCGCUCGCUCACGCGGUUCGCAGAGAUCGCGCCGGAUCGCAUUGUUCCCCACAUGCAAGGUAUAGUCAACUUUGUCCUCGUGCAGCAAUCGUCGGAGGACGAUGCGGACUUGGCUCUGGACGCUGCCGAGUUCUGGCUGUGCCUGGGCGAAGACGAAAAACUGUGCCGCGUUCUCGAACCGUACCUACAGCAGAUUGUGCCCGUCUUGCUCGAGAGCAUGGUUUAUGGCGAGGACGACCAAUUUCGGUUAGAAGGCGAGCAGGAGGACGCGGAUCAGGAGGAUAGGGCGGAGGACAUCAAGCCUGCAUUUGCCACCACGAAGGACGCGCGAACGACAGCGGAGGUGAGCUCUCGGUCAUCUAACGGCAUCAACGGUUCGGCUGCGAUUCCAGACGAGGACGAUGACCUCAGCGAGGGCGAAAUAGAAGAAAUUGAUGAUGACGAUGACGAUGGCGAGGACCCUGCCGAGGCCUGGAAUCUGCGCAAAUGCUCUGCAGCAGCGCUGGAUGUCCUGGCUUCGCAGUUCAACAUACAGGUCUUUGAGCUUACCUUGCCAUACCUCAAGGAGAACCUGAGCUCGUCCGAGUGGCCGAGAAGAGAAGCGGCGGUCCUGGCGGUUGGUGCUAUUGCCGAUGGUUGCAUGAACGUGGUUCAGCCUCAUCUCCCGGAACUCACCUCCUAUCUUCUCACUGUUCUUAGUGACCAGCAGGCCGUCGUGCGGCAGAUAGCAUGCUGGGCGCUGGGCCGAUACUCGGGCUGGUCAGCUCACCUCGAUGAGGAAGGCCAGAGGCAGUACUUUCAACCCGUUAUGGAUGCUCUGCUCACCAAGAUGUUGGACCGCAACAAACGCGUGCAAGAAGCAGCCGCAUCCGCAUUUGCAAAUCUGGAAGAGAAAGCGAAGAGCCAACUCAUCCCGUACGCAGUCGUUAUUGUGCGACAAUUUGUGAAGUGCUUCGCCAUAUACAAAGACCGCAACAUGUACAUCCUGUACGACUGCGUUCAGACGCUGGCGGAGCACAUCGGGCACCACCUGAAGAAACCAGAGUUAAUCAAUAUGCUCAUGCCCGCUUUGAUCCAGCGAUGGCAACGAGUCAACGACCAAUCAAGGGAGAUGUUCCCCCUUCUUGAAUGCUUGUCGUACGUCGCCAUCGCUCUUGGAGAAGAUUUCACACCUUUCGCGCAACCGAUCUUCACGCGAUGCAUCAAGCUCAUACAAACGAACUUGGAGGAGACGCACCAGGCCGCCAACUUGCCUGCCUAUGACCAACCUGACGUAAAGGACUUCCUGGUCACAAGCCUGGACCUGCUAAGCGGCAUCGUACAAGCGCUCAGCCCAGCCUCUACGGAAGCGCUUAUAAGUGGCACGCAGCCAAAUAUUUUUACCCUGCUCACGUACUGUAUGCGAAACAAGAACAACGAAGUGCGGCAAUCCUCGUACGCUUUGCUUGGCGAUUGUGCAAUCUAUUGCUUCUCUCAGAUGCGGCCAAUAUUGCCUGCCAUCCUUGAUAUCCUGCUCCAGCAGCUCAAUAUCGAGAAGCUGGGCAGCGAUCCAGCUGCACAUGCCGUGGUCAACAACGCCUGCUGGUCCUUGGGCGAGAUUGCAAAACGGCAAACGGAGGGCAUGUCAGACUACCUCGAGAAAUUCCUACAGAAGCUUGCUGUCAUUCUUUUCGAUCAACACGUACCGCAGUCGCUCAAUGAGAACGCUGCGAUAGCAAUUGGCCGCCUAAGUCUACACAACUCGGACAAGAUCGCCCAGCAUUUGGCUGAAUUGGCACCUCCAUGGGUAAGAUCUAUGAGUCACGUGAUGAUGACAGAGGAGAAGAGCGACGCCAUGUGGGGCUUCAACUUGGCCGUGUUGAAGAACCCUCAAGCCAUGGAGACUUCUCUGCUUGACUACCUGAAUGUGAUUGCAUUGACGGGGAGGUCUGAGGAUCAGCAGAGUGCGCCGCCGCAAUACCUAGAAAACAAGGCGGCUACUCAAAGUUUUCAACAGGUCAUUGCGAUGUAUCGCAGUAUGAUACCAGCCUUUGACGCAUUUAUUGCUAAUUUGCCGCCCGAGAACCUCGCAUGGUUUAAACAUGUGGAAACUCUUAUCAACGAGGCUGCCAGUUGUCCUUGAAUUAUAUCCCAUGGGCCCGUGAUCAUGCGACAAAAGAAGUGGCAUCGUAACUAUUUGGAAGAAUUUAUGCAUUGGUCGAUCAGAUUUAGAAGCUGGAGGGGGUUCAUGUGGAGAGUUAUGUGUAUCUGAGAGUCUUGUUACUACAUCUACGACAAGUUCGUUGAGCAAGCACGAGAAGGCAGUUGUUGAAUACAUUUGGAAAUUCAGUUGCUUCGCAUCGAAUGCCUGGUGCAGCGCAAGAGACAGCAUCUGAAUCGAGAAGUUGGGCACGAGGAAGCUUGGCCCAGCGCUUCUUGUGCCGCUUCGAGGACUUAUGAAGAGACGGACUCAGAAUCAAAUUAAGGUCUGCCCCCCAAAAAGAGAACAUAAAGAGACGGGUGACGAGUAAGCACCGAUCGGUGCAUAUACGUGAUUUACGAUUGAGCGUUCGUGUACUCAAAAUUUCCAACCUUGCCCUUAGUCUGAUUCCUGUCUCGCGUUUCACAUGCGGGCCGGGUUUGGCACUGACAGUUCUAUCGCAACUGUAUAUAACGCAGUAUAGUCGCCUCUCAAUGGCUGGAGGCGAAGUAUUGAAUGCGCUGUCUACC